CUAAACUGUCAAAGUGUUGUUUACAUUUUACUUUUACAGUAACAUUUUGUUCGUUGUAUGCAUUUUUAUAGUUUAAUCUCCUAUAAUUUCAACAAUUUUCAUUCAAACUGAAACAUAAAAGUGCUCCGACACUCCUAAUACUGCACGCCAGCUUUUUCUCUACUACAAAGUACCACAAACAGCCUUGUUAAUGUUGAACUAUGGACAAACUAGACCCAGUGACUAGUUUCGAACCUAAUUUCUUAUCCAAGAAGCACAAGAAACACAAAAAGGAGAGGGACGAUAAACCCCAGUUGAAGCUCAUAUUAAAAGGAAUGUCUGAGAAAUAUGCAUGUGUGGGUUCAAACAAUACUCCAGAUCACGAUGAAGAAUUGAGCCAAGCAAUGAUGGAAACUGACGAGCAAGCAUUAUUGUUGGAUCCUAAUGAUCCAGCUUAUGCUUUUCAUCGAGCCCAUCACAAGAAAUCAAAAAAGAAGAAGAAAAAGAAGGAUAAAAGCAAAGAUAGAGACCGUGAAAGAAGGCACAAGCAUCACCACAAAGACAAAAAGAGGAAACGCGACGAUAUUGACAAUGAGGAAAUUAUUGACGGUCAAUCAUAUUCAGCGAUGGACACCUCACUAGGUGUUUACCCGAUGGUACGCUCGCCCAACCCACGAGAAAUUCGCACUUGCAUAAUCAAGAAAGCCCAAGAAAAAACGUCCCUAUCCAGAGCCCUAGAACACCUUUUAGCUUUGCUAGAAAAAAAAGACCCUCAAAACUUUUUUGCAUGGCCUGUCACUGACGCUAUCGCUCCUGGCUACUCUAAAAUCAUAACCAACCCGAUGGAUUUCAGCUCUAUGAAGCAAAAAAUCGACGAAAACCAGUAUACUAACUUGAAAGAGUUUUCAGACGAUUUUCAGUUGAUGUGCGAGAAUGCUAUGAAGUAUAAUCACACUGAUACUGUUUAUUUUAAGGCGAGCAGAAAAUUGCUGUUGGCGGGGCAGAAGAUAUUGCAGCACGACAAGUUGGGAUGGUUGUUACAGAUUUCUCCUGAUCUCACUGAAGCCGAAUUGGGUUUUGAAGUGACUCCCGAAAUGAGGGCUUCAAUGAUCAAACCUGAAGACACAGAUAAUUUUAUUAAAUCUGAAUGUAAAGAGCCGUCCACACCUGAAGAGAUUCUCUCUCAAGCAAGGGCAGCAGCUCGUUUAGCCCGAGCUCGCUUGAAGGGCUACGGUCCAUCCAUGGGUGUUAUAAGAGCUCGCCGAGAUGGUUCUGCUCAAUUGUCAAUUUUGGUUGGGAAUAAUAUUGGCAAAAAAAAGGGGGUGGCUCCUCUUGGUUCAUUGGUCGGCAGACUAUCUGACGGAACUUCUCAUUUACAAGGUUUUAGAGAAGACAGAAGAAACACAGCUCGCCCAGUAAAACCUUUAUAUUAUGGUGCUUUUGGGUCGUACGCUCCAAGCCACGAUUCUGCUUUUGCAAAUUUGACCAAAGAAGAAUCAGCUUUGGUGUUGAGGACAUAUGGCAGCGACAACGCCGUUCAAUAUGCCGAAUCUGUGCAAGAUUUUGUUAAAGGUUGCGAUUAUGCUGAAAAUCUUGUAGAUUCGCUUUUGGAUCUUUUAACUGGGGGCGAUCACUCGAAAACUAAAACUACUUUGGAGGAGGGUAAAAGGCUUAAAGAUGAAGAGGAAGCUGUCAGAACCGUAUUGGAAACCACACCAAUAGACUCAGUGAAAGUAAAUGUGGAUGAACUCAAGUCUUUAAAUGAUCUUGGAAUUGACGUAAAUUUCUUGGACAGCAUGGACGAAGAAAUCAAACAGGCAGAGGAAAGGCACGAAAUGCAACAAAAACUGAACGAUAUGUGCCAAUUAUUGGAGAAACUGCAAAAAACUCAGUACGAGCGCUUGUCUCAGCCUCUUCCAGUCUCUUUACUGAACAUUCCAGGACCUACGCGUGAUGAAAAUACUAUAGCCGAAAAAUGUGUUGAUGGCCUGACUGAGUUAUCAAAAAAACUCACUCCUGCAGCUGUGGCUCCAGUGCCCGCUAUCAGAAGGGCUUUGGGGGUUCCAGUUGUGCCUGAUCCAGAACCCGAUUUGGAAAUGGAACUUAGACAGUUUUUGGAACAAGCUCAGCAACCAGCCCAUUUGGAAACUGACAAUGCAAUUGAAGAGAUUUUAAUGGAGUAAUAAUUGGUGUUAGUUUAAAUAAUAUUAUGUAUGUUUUUUUAAGUUAAGUCAUUUUGAUUGUCGACAUUGGCUGGUUUAAUUGUAUUGCUGCAUUUAGAAAAUUAUAUUGGCUAUAAAGUAUAAUAUACUAAUAUG